AUGCAUCUUUCAUGGCUACUAGCAUUGAGUGGCGGCGCCGUGGCAUCGAUUCCGGCGAUUGCGGCGCGAAAUCAACCGCAGACUGUUUGUGACAAGUUCAAAUCGAUGUACUCUAAUAUCACCUAUUCCUACGGCGAUGCGAAUUACGAUGAGGAGAGUGAAGACACUUGGUCAACCAGGUCAUGGCUCAAGCCUGCCUGCAUCUUCGCGCCUGUCAAUGCCGAACAGCUCUCGUUCGCGGUUACCAACCUCGCUGAAUGCGGCGUCAAGUUUGCCAUUCGAGGAGGCGGCCAUAUGCCUAUCGCCUCUGCCAACGGCAUAGGUUCGGAAGGAGUGCUAAUCUCAUGUACCAAUCUGGACACGUUGGCCCUCUCUUCUGACAAUAAGACUCUAUCCGUUGGACCAGGACCUCGCUGGACCGAAGUAUACACAGCGCUUGAUGGAACAGGAUAUGGUGUUGUCGGUGCCCGCAUCGGUCCCGUGGGCGUGCCGGGCUUUCUUUUGGGCGGCGGCGUUUCAUUCUAUAGUUAUGAACACGGCCUUGGAUCAACGAAUGGCAAUGUCAAAGGGUAUCAGUGCGUCCUGGCCGACGGCCGCGUAGUCGAAGUCACUGUCGACAAUGAAUUUGCUGAUUUAUUCUGGGCUCUACAAGGAGGAGGCAAUUCAUUCUGCCUAGUAACGAGAUUCGACAUCCAAACCCACCCUUCUCCGACUGUCAUGAUUGGAGCGCCAACCUAUGGCUCCACCGAGAUUCGGGACAAAUUCAUGGAUACAGUAUUUGACUUCGUUACGAACGGCCAUCUGGACCCGAAAGCUGCCAUAAUUCCAGUCUGUCGAUACGAUUCCGGAAACGACGCACCGGUAUACUCGUCGACUCUGUUUUACAAUGGCAACGACACGGUACCGGCGAUCCUGAAUGGUUUCCUGGGGGGCAACCUCGAGCCCGAGAAUGGCGUUACCGCACUAUCCCCAUUCCCUCUGGGACAGUACAGCACUGCAGUCUCUCAAGCUUUCGAGGAGGGAGGAGAGUCACAUGGGAAGCGACAGCGUUUCCACAUGCUUCCUAUUCUGGCCAACAGAGAGGCACUGCAGAAGGCGCAUGACCUCUUCUUCGAACUCGCGAAAACUUCUUUCGAUGGUAUGAAUGCCACCAUUGGUAUGGCCUUCAACCCGAUCACGUCCCAAUUUUUGAAGGCAUCCAAUGCGAAGCCCGGAUCGUUACAGGGCCUCGACGAAAGACCAGCUUUCUGGAUCGAACAGACCUAUACCUGGGAAGAGGAAGGUGAUGAUGUGCGCAUCGAGAAUUUCAUCCAAGGCUACAAUACUAACAUAUUGGAAACGCUGAGGUCGAUGAAUGCGACUGCCUCAUUCCAUUACUUGAACGAAGCUGAUGAAGGCCAGCCUGUAUUUGAGAGUUAUCCAGCAGGCAAUUUGGACCGUCUCAAGCAGAUCAGGGCCAAAUAUGACCCUACCCGAGUGUUCACAGAUCUGAUGCCAGGUGGCUGGAAGGUCGAAGCAGCUUAA